GACCGGUCUAUAAAUAUAACCAUUACGUAUGUGACGCUCGUCGCAGUUACACGUCUUUGACUGUCCUUACUGUUAUUAACUUUUCAGUAGAGUUCCAUUGUUGAAGAAUAUUGAAAUAGGACAAGUUUAUUGUGUUUUUGGACGGGUUAAGAUGGAGAAGAAGCAGUACUACAUAGUGAAACGGUCGAGCCCCCCGCACGGAGACGAGCCGUACAUCUGCGUGCCCGCGGCGUGGGUGUGCGACGUGGUGGACGGGCUGGCGGUGGUGCGCUACCCGCGCGGCCCGCUGCACGAGCUGCUGCGGCGGCUGGAGGCGGGCUGCCCCAGCGACACGCGCUCAGACGACUGGCUCACGCUGAUCGCGCAGAUCGUACAAACGCACGGAAACUAUAGAUUUGCUGUGAAUUACACUAAACGUCUCAACUCAUUAAAUCAAACAAGAAGAAGCGUGGACAAAGUUAAUGAAUUGACGACGUCCGAUAGUGAUUCGAGCAAAGCUACACUAAAUCAUCAGUGUGACAGAGGAAAUCAAAAUGAUACAUAUUUAGAGGCGCCAUUAACCUGUGACGUACAAGAAAUUCAACAAACGAAUAAACCACAGUCGAUCAUAGUUGAAGCUCCCAAUGAAGAGUUAUCAGAUUGCUCAACGCCAAUGACUACUAGUUUGUCUCAUUUACCAAAAGAUGAACAACCAACAACAUCUAGCACUCGCAGGACUAGAUGCUCCAAGCAAAUUGUACCAUACUAUGUUGAAGACAGUUCUGAUGAUGAUUUUGAAGAACGCGUUAAGUUUAAAAAGAUUAUUAGAAAUACUUACGCAAACGAUUAUAAUUACAGACCUGAGUUAACAAAUAAACCUUUAAAAUUAAAAAUAUUUAGAAAACCAAAUGAAACCGAAAAAAAUCUACAACGUACCGCACGCAGUGUUAAUAAAGUUAUGCUAAAAAGCAAAUCUACUUCUGGGGAUAAUUUCGAUAAAGCAUUCAAAGAGUUAAGAAAUCUAUUGACCAAUCAAACCCAUGAUUCUUCAAAGCAGAUUGUCAAAGAGGACGAUUUAAAUAUGCAUAUACAAGACAACUCUCAUAAUAAUACACAUUUUGACAGCAUUAAAAGGAGCGCCGUUAAUAGAGAAGAAAUUAAACUAACGUCAUGUAAUGAUCCACCAGAAAACACAAGAGAAUCUUUAUCAUCAAACGAAUUCAUCAAUGUAAAUCAAAAGCAACCACAUAUAAAUGUAGAACAUUCACAAAUUGUUUCUGAAAUCUUAUCUGAUGUCACACCUUCUAUAGAAAUUAUAACGAUGGAUGUAAAUAAAAAAAAUGCAGGUAAAAUAGAAAAAGGGAUUAAAAAAGCAGCAGGAAAGAAGAAAACUGCAGAUAAAAUCAAAAUACCACACAGGAAAAGAAACAAAUCUAAAAGUGACAAAAAUAUAUGUUCAAAUCAGAACGUAGAACAGAAUGAGACAUCUGUUUCCUACACUUCACCCAUAGAUUAUAGAACUUAUGACUCAAGCUGGACGUUUAAAUAUACUGAAAAUAAUGGUAAUCUCGUGGAACUCGAAGAAGGUACAGGCGUAUACGUCGAUGGAUCUAUCCUUGACACUAAUAAAACAUUUUCAAAGGACAUCAACCAGUAUGCUCUGAUGUUACUGCUUGAAGUUUUUACAAUGGAAGCUUUGAUCAAAUGUUCGUGGACUGCUGAUCCUUGGAAGUCCAACUACACAGUCUGGCUAGACAAAAAGGGAACAAACACGCUUUUGAAUGCUGUAGAAAAUCAUGCACGUGAGAAAGGUUGGGCGCAGUUAAAUACGUUCUACGAAAUCGAAUCAUUCAAAGAAGAUAUUACAAAAUUUCUCUGGAGAAAAAUGCUAAGUUUUAGGAAAAAAAUAUAUUAAUAUAUCUUAAUGUUAUGCUGGUUCUUUGCAAUGCGAAGCUAAAUUGCGCAUGAUAUAGAGAAUAGGGACAGUAUCUAACAACUAUAUAUAAAUUCACGUAUAUCUUCUAAUUAUUUAAAUAAUCGUUACCGCCUAUAAGAUGCCUAACGCACAACAUCAUUUGUGAAUAAUAAAUAAUAAAUAGAGAUAACUUCGUGUGCUGCCUUAAAGUUUAUCGUACAAGACCAUGUGAUGCAAACUAGUAACGUAGCCCUAAAGGCAUAAGUUUUAUUGGACAAUUGUUAAGUAGGUAGUUAAGUAUAUUUUAUUAGUAUUUGUAAUUAGUCACAUAAGAAGGGCAAAUUGCAAUUUUAUAAUUAUAUUGUAUACUCAGAAUAUAAUUGUAUAUUGAUUACCUAAUUCUCCUUAAUAACCCAAAAAACUCGUACAUCACCGGCGCUCUGGUGAUGAGCACCUUACCAUUUGUGAUGUGGCAAAUUUUGAUAGGUAUUUUAAACUCUACUUCUAAUACUACUCGUAGUUAUUUGGGUGACUAAGUUCUAUAUUAUGUUUUAAAUAUUUUAAUUUUUUGUCUUGUCAUUUUGUCAUUAUUUGUCACACAAUAAGUUUAUAAACCCGCUAAUUUCUUUAUCUCUUUUUGUUUGUUUUUAGCUUUUAAAUAUUGUUUAUGUAAUUAUAAUAGCCAGUGCACAUAAAAACCAACUGUGGUUUGUGUUGCAUUAUGGUUAGACUUAAUUUCAGUUAUAUUAGUAGAAUAAUAAAUAUGUAUUUAAUAAAAUAGUAAUAAAGUCCAUAUGACAUACUCGUAGGAUAUACAUUUUACUUUGCGUUCUGCCUUGUACAUAUGUUUUCUGUGGUUCUGCUACGAGUAAUAGUUUAUAAAUGUUACUUAUGUACUUAUAUGUACUCGAAUGUGUACAGAAAACCAACGACCUUUUAUAAUAAACUGUGUGCGAGUUCAACUCGUACAUGGUCGUUUUUUAUUAUAACCAAUUGUUAAUUAUUAUUAAUGCAUUUAAUUAGAAUUUAAAGUAAUCGUUAGUGUUAUUCAUAUUAAUUGAUUCUGAAACACGGCUAAAACUCACGUGAUAUUAGGUCGGAGUAUGCCCGACUAGUUUCGAAACCAUACGGGGCCCUUAGUCAUAAGCUGGUUCUUGCAACGCGGCACGAUCCAAACCAUAAUACACUGUAAUCUUUGAUCCAAACUGCGAAGCGACGGCGCGGCGCGCAGCUGCUCGCAUCGCGCUCUGGGCGAGGGGUUGAAUGGUGGGGACUGAAGGUUCCGUUACACUCCCCGACAUCCUCCUCUCAUUAUGUCAUCUUCAUUAGACUCGUCUUCUUGUAAGCAAAUCGAACUAACGCUAUCUUGUACCAAGUUUGUUAUUGACAAUGAAAGACUAGCGGUUUCCACGCUGUGGGCAGCGACCAUCCAUGAUCCCGAUUAAAGUUCGGGUGACGACUAAUUUCUAUUGCUUCUCGUAUCUUACGAGGUACUAGAAACUUUUCCCUUGACAAUACAGAAGCCUUAUCAAAACGGAUAUAAUGAGUCGUACCCGAAGCUUGAACAUGCUCGGCUAUUGUUAAACCAUGCGUGUCCACAUUCUUCAUGCUACGUAUAUGUUCUCACUCUUGUGGUAAUGUUACGGCGAUGUUGUUCAUAAUCAAUUAAUGCAUUUCAUUAAUUCAAUUAUUGCUUUGACGUCAUGUAUCCGCCUAAAAUAAAGUCUCACAAAAGCCUCGUUGUUUAAUU